AUGCCAGUCCAUAGCAAACCCCCAGAAAAAAUGACAAUUUCAAAGCCAGACACAAAACGAGAGCAACCAGAGAAACCCAAGAAGCCUUUGCGGAUGAAGAGGAUGUCUAGUGCAGGGCUUAGGACUGAUUCAGUUUUACAAAGAAAAACUGGAAAUUUGAAGGAGUUUUUCAUUGUGGGAAAGAAAUUGGGACAAGGGCAAUUUGGAACAACAUUUCUUUGCGUGGAGAAAGCUACGGGGAAGGAGUACGCAUGUAAAUUGAUUGCCAAGAGGAAGUUGUUGACUGAUGAGGAUGUAGAGGAUAGGAAGUUGUUGACUGAUGAGGAUGUAGAGGAUGUAAGAAGAGAAAUUCAGAUAAUGCACCACUUGGCAGGGCAUCCUAACGUUAUAUCAAUCAAAGGGGCUUAUGAGGAUGCUGUGGCAGUUCAUGUUGUGAUGGAGUUGUGUGCUGGGGGUGAGCUUUUUGAUAGGAUUGUUAAGCGUGGGCAUUAUACAGAAAGAAAAGCUGCCGAGCUUACUAGGACUAUUGUUGGGGUUGUGGAAGCUUGUCAUUCUUUGGGUGUCAUGCAUCGUGACCUUAAGCCCGAGAAUUUUCUUUUGGUUGAUCACAAGGAGGAUUCACUUCUCAAAACAAUUGACUUUGGAUUGUCAAUAUUCUUCAAGCCAGGCAAAAAGCACACCCCUGCCCAAAUGGACUUAAGAUAA